ACGCGGUUGCGUCGCCCGUGUGCCCCGCGAGUCGCAACGAGACCCGGGCUUGGCCCUGACGAUGGCGGCGUGAACGCGCGCCGCCCGCGGCCUCCGGCGGACAUGCCGCGAUGGCCAGAGAGGAGGUUAGAGGAAAGAGGCCUUUCAAGAUAUGGGACAGUUCAAGGAACGUGAGGAAGGGGUUGGUGGUCACUAGCUUCGAGGAGCUCAUACACAGAGGAAAAGAGAAGCUAUCGGUCGCUGCGAGCGAGCCGGUGCGGCUGGUGUUGGAGAGCGACGGCACACAAGUAGAAGACGGCGAGUACUGGCGCACUCUACCUCCCAACACUGUGCUGCUGCUGCUCCGCGCUGGCGAGCGCUGGUUCCCCACCGGCGUCGACGUCAUCAAGGCUGCGAUAUCAGCGAUCCCAAAGAUAGUAUGCGAGACGAUCCACGCGCUAGAGCUACACGAUGAGACGCCUUCAUGGAAGAUCAUGGACAACAAGGGGCGCGUCACGGUGGUGCUGCACUGGGACCAAAGGCCCGCGGCCUCGCCCGCCGCGCGCUCGCCCAGCAGACAGCCCAAGCCAGACCGGCGGCCGUCACUCGUGAUCCAGACGUCGCUAGACCGGCCGCAGCCGCCGCCGCCACACAUCACGGUGGUGAACCACGAUGAGCCGGGCCCCGCGCCGCGCCGCCUGUCGCGCUCCGCCGGCUCGCUGGAGCACGCGCACGUGCACACAGCCGACUGCCGUACACAUGCCCCCCACACGCCGCACCAACCACCGCACCAGCACGCGCCAAGACCGCCGCCCGAUGAGUGCGACUUCCACUGUUGCGCACUACAUGAAGAGGGCCGCCGCAUAGCCGUACAUAAAAGCGUCGCUACCUCGCCUAUACAGGACGCGCAGCCGCGGGCGUCUCCCCAGGGCCGGCCGAAGGGGCACGUGCGGUUCCUAGACGCGGAGUCGGCGCGGCGCGGGGAGCGGGACUCGUCGGAGAGCGAGACCGAGAACACGCUCGUGGAGGAUGAGGCUGUUACCUCCGAAAAGUUUCUGCUGCUCAUCGACCAGCUGAGCGUCGACCAGAAGCGGCAUCUCACCAUCAAGGACAUCGGUAUCAUCCUCGAGCGGCUCAGCUCCAAGAUCCUGGACGUAGAGCGACUAGACCGCGAGUCCGAGUCGGACGACUGCUACAACUGGACGAUCAAGGCGACGAUCCGCGGCGACGCGCUGCGCGAACUUGGCGUCAUCUACAACGGCAACUACUACGCGAUCAGCGAGCACCCCGGCUACCGGGACGAGAACGAAGAGGCCGCGGACGAGGCCGAGGAGGAGGAAGAGGAGGACCGGCUCUGA